AAGUUGUUGCUGGUAGUAGUGUGCCGGGUUGUUUUUGCUAGAAGACGAAGUUUUUGUCUGUUGUUAUCGUAUUAGCAGUAGUAGUUUUAUUUGAGGAUGGCUGAUGUUCUGGACAUAGAUAACGCUGAAGAGUUUGAAGUGGAUGACGAAGGCGAUCAGGGAAUAGCACGUCUUAAGGAGAAGGCAAAGAAGAGAAAGGGUCGUGGGUUUGGUAGUGAUAAUUCUGCAAGAGAGGAUAUUAAAGAAUAUGAAAGCAUGGAUGCAGAUGGAGAUGAAGAGCCUGGUCCGCAGAGAUCUGUGGAAGGCUGGAUUUUGUUUGUGACAUCAGUUCAUGAAGAAGCUCAAGAAGAUGAUGUACAUGAUAAAUUUUCUGAAUUUGGAGAAAUAAAGAACAUUCACUUGAACCUUGACAGGCGUACAGGAUACCUGAAGGGCUAUGCAUUAGUGGAAUAUGAAACUUUCAAGGAAGCACAAGCAGCAAGAGAAUCUCUUAAUGGCACCGAGUUUCUUGGACAACAGAUAGGUGUAGAUUGGUGUUUUGUUAAAGGGCCAAAGCGCACGAGGAGAAGCCGCAGGAGGAGAUAAACAUGUUUUGCACUAUAUUUACACACUUCCAUUGUGUUUCUUUCCAUUCUUCAUUGUUUUUUUAUCUCAUUUUUAUGUACGAUAGAGGUUCAUAUGAAAGCUCUUGUAAGUUAUUACAUUGAAGGACUAUGAAAUAUUUGGAGAAAAUAAAUAUAGUUUUCCAUUAA